AUGAACACCUUCGUGAAGAUGGAGCCCGAGUACAUCGCCGGCUACGCGGCCGCGAGGGCGAUGAAGGUGUGGACCGUGGGGCCGGUCUCCCUCUACCACCAGCACGCCGCAACGCUGGCGGCGAGAGGGAACACCGCGGACAUCGACGCCGAUGAUUGCGUCCGGUGGCUCGACGACAGGGAGCCCGGCUCCGUGGUCUACGUCAGCUUCGGCAGCAUCGCGCACGCGGACCCGAAGCAGCUCUCGGAGCUCGGCCUGGGACUGGAGGCGUCGGGCUACCCUUUCAUCUGGGUGGUCAAGGACGCCGGCCGCCACGACGAGGCAGCGCUCGCCUUCCUCCGCGGGCUCGAGGAGCGCGUCGCGGGGCGUGGCCUGCUCAUCUGGGGGUGGGCGCCGCAGGCGCUGAUCCUGUCGCACCGCGCGGCGGGCGCGUUCGUGACGCACUGCGGCUGGAACUCGACGCUGGAGGCGGUCGCGGCGGGGCUGCCGGUGGUGACGUGGCCGCACUUCACGGACCAGUUCCUGAACGAGAAGAUGGCGGUGGAGGUGCUGGGGAUCGGCGUCAGCGUCGGGGUGAAGGAGCCAGUGAUGUACCGGAUGGAUCAGAAGGAUGUCGUGGUUGGGAGCGAGACGGUGGAGGCCGCGGUGAGGAGCGCCAUGGACGGCGGGGAGGAUGGCGAGGAGAGGCGCUGCAAGGCCCGUGCGCUCGCGGUGAAAGCGAGGGCGGCCAUGCGGGAGGGGGGCUCGUCGCACGCCAACAUCCGCGAUCUGGCCAAGCGUUUCCAGGUGGGCGCCACACAAGAUUUGGAGCCGGAACAAGAUUUGUUGUCUUUGGUUAUAGACUUACCGGACUUGCCAAUGGGCUUCUGGAAUUGA